AUGAUCUGGAGUAGCGAUCUAGAAGAUCCUGAACACCAUCCUGAACCCGGACUCACCCACCUGUUUGAGCAGAUCCGGGGUGGAUUGCAUCUCCCGAAAAAAAAAAGAGGACUCGGCUCGAAGAAAACGGUUUUCACUCAAGAACAAGAACAGGAGCUGACUAAUCAUAUUCUCGAUCUGGAGGCAAGAUUUUACGGGGUGAAUAGAAAGGAUAUACGCAAACUUGCCUAUGAACUGGCAGAGCUGAACGGCCUGCCGCACAACUUCAACCGGAAGACCAAAAAGGCUGGCACCUUCUGGCUACUGGGAUAUCUCAGGCGGAAUCCAACCGUAUCAUUUCGGAAACCAGAGGCAACAUCUGCUGCAAGAGCAAGAGGUUUUAAUAAACCGUCUGUUAAUAUAUUCUACGACAUUCUUGGCCAUCAUUUGGAAACUAACAGGUUUCAGCCAUCUCGCAUAUUCAAUGCCGAUGAAACGGGAAUCAGCACGGUCCCCCCCAAGAAACUGAAAAUUGCUGCCAAGAAAGGAAAAAAGCAGGUUGGGGCCAUCACCUCUGGCGAGCGAGGAAUAUUGACGACAGUCGUGAUGUGCAUGUCCGCAACCGGGCAACAUUUGCCACCGUACGUCAUUUUUCCCCGGGUGCGCAUGCACGACGCAUUGAAGAGAGGAGCGCCCAACGGGACUAAAUUCAACUGCAACCCUUCCGGCUACAUGACUUGCGAGUCUUUUCUGGAUUACUUCGACCAUUUUAUUGACCAAGUCAAUCCCUCGGAAAAGAACCCUGCUUUGCUGAUUAUUGAUGGUCACAGCUCACAUACGAAAAACUUCGGUUUUACCCGGAAGGCUCGUGCAAACUUUGUAACGGUGAUCGCGCUGCCACCACACUGCAGUAACAAGUUGCAGCCGCUGGAUGUGGCUUUUAUGGCGCCGUUUAAGAGCUAUUAUGCGAGUGCUUCUGAAGAUUUCAUGCGCAGAAAUCCUGGAAGAGUUAUCGGGCUGUACGACGUCUCAGAAUUGCUGGGCGUGGCAUUUCCAAAAGCCGCUUCGGUAGCUGUAGCUGAGAACGGCUUUCGUAAAACUGGCAUUUGGCCAUUUAACAGAAAUGUGUUCAGCGAUGAAGACUUUGCCCCCUCCGAAGUGACCGACCAGGAACUUACCACUACCGUUACGUUGAUCACAAUCAGGGUUACUGGAAAUCGCAUCAAGUGUUUCGCAUUCACUCAUAUAUUGCGAACGGAAUCGGAAAAGAACAAUAAACGAUGCAUCCCGAAUGAACCGCACAAAAUAUAG